AUGGGAACUGGGCCAGAGCUGCUUCUCCCAGUGGGAUGGGUGCAGUGCAGGAGCCCCGUGCUGAGGGUGGGAUUUGGGGUUCGGGGGGGUGAUUCCCAUGGUGUUCCCAGCAUUCCCUGUUCCCAGACCAACUGCCUGCAGUACCUGGAUGCCCGGAACACGCCGCUCCUGGACCACUCGGCCCCGUUCGUGGCGCGGGCGCUGCGCAUCAGCAGCAGCCUCGUGGUGCUGCACCUGGAGAACGCAUCCCUGUCCGGGCGCCCACUGCUGCUACUGGCCACGGCGCUGAAGAUGAACAUGAACCUGCGGGAGCUCUACCUGGCUGACAACAAGCUCAAUGGGCUGCAGGACUCAGCCCAACUGGGGAACCUGCUCAAGUUCAACUGCUCCAUCCAGAUCCUGGACCUGCGCAACAACCACAUCCUGGAUUCGGGCUUGGCCUACAUCUGCGAGGGGCUGAAGGAGCAGCGGAAGGGCUUGGUCACCCUGGUCCUAUGGAACAACCAACUGACCCACGCCGGCAUGGCCUACCUGGGCAUGACACUGCCUCAUACCCAGAGCCUGGAGACCCUCAACCUGGGCCACAAUCCCAUUGGGAACGAAGGGGUCCGCAACCUGAAGAACGGGCUCAUUGGGAACCGCUCCGUGCUCCGCCUGGGACUGGCCUCCACCAAGCUGACCUGUGAAGGAGCCGUGGCCGUGGCCGAGUUCAUCGCCGAGAGCCCCCGGCUCCUGCGCCUGGACCUGCGGGAGAACGAUGUCAAGACCGGGGGCCUGAUGGCCCUGUCCCUGGCCCUCAAGGUCAACCACUCCCUGCUGCGCCUCGACCUGGACCGCGAGCCCAAGAAGGAGGCGGUGAAGAGCUUCAUUGAGACACAGAAGGCUCUGCUGGGGGAGAUCCAGAACGGCUGCAAACGCAACUUCAUCCUGGCCAAGGAGAAGGAGGAGCAGGAGCAGCAGCUGCAGCAAUCGGCUUCCAUGGCCGAGAUCGCCAUGGCCGAGCCUCUGGAAGAGGCUCCCGCUGAGCCCAUCCCGGAUGGAAGCCCCGGAUCCACACGGGAAGAGGAGGAGGCGAUGGCGUCGGAGAACGGGGCCACGGAGCCAACGGAGCGGGAUCAGGAGCGGGACAAUGACAGGGAUGAGGGGACGGACUCGGAUACGGAUGAGGAUGAGGAUGCUGCUCCCUCGGAGAGGAAGGAGCUCAAUGACUCCACCGAUGGUGUCCUCAUGGCCCCGAGCAUCCCUGAGGAUGCUCCCAUUGGGAAUGCUCCAUCGCAGGGACACGAGAGGAGGAUUUCGGUCUCCAGCCCUGGCCGUGGCCACAAGGUCUUUGUGGUGACGCGAGUGGAGCCGGAGCCGGAUGAGGACGCUGAUCCCAGCGGGAACACCGAGCCCUGCGCCAACGGAGCCGAGGCGCUUCCCAAUGGGCUGAAGGUGGAUUUUGCACGAGCGCUUCCGGAUGUGGCCUCGGAAAACGAUGGGAAAAUGGGAAGUUGUGGAGCAGAGCACGAGCUGAGCUGCUCCAAGAACGAGCAGGAGCUGGAGGAGCUGCUCCUCGAGGCCAGCCAGGACACGGGGCAGGAGCUGCCCUGAGCGCACCCGUGAGUGCAUCCCAUGGGAUGGGGACCGCCCUGG